UCUGUUCCGUCUACGUCUUCCCCGCCCCGAUUUGAAAGGCGCAUGCGUGCGGUAGAUCUUUCCUUUUUACGCACUACGCCCGAGAAAUCAACAUGGGUCACCAGCAGCUCUACUGGAGCCAUCCGAGAAAAUUCGGCCAGGGUUCUCGUUCGUGCCGCGUGUGCUCGAACCGGCACGGUCUGAUCCGGAAGUACGGCCUCAAUAUGUGCCGCCAGUGUUUCCGUCAGUACGCGAAGGAUAUCGGCUUCAUUAAGUUGGACUAAGUGAACACCCUUGAACGGAUCAUCCAGGAUAUAUCUGCCUGCCACAGAAAAAAAUGCUAGCUCUUUGUACAUAAAAUAAAAAUUCUUCAGUU